UCUGAUAGAAAAAGCUCAUUUAUCUUUUCUACAAUUAUCAUUGUUUUUGUGGAACGUUUUGUUGUUUUUCAUUAAUAUUUUCAGGUUGCAUUGACCAUCCUUUCUUCUUCUUAAUUGUUGUUUUAGGUUUCUCUGAAAGGGAGUGGAAGUUCAAAAUGCUGCAAAAUGUCCCACAUCAAAUUGUACAAUCACCAGCCAGACUAGGCCUGCCAAACCCAAAUUCACCCUCUUUACAAAACCCUACCCCUCCUAAAUCCUCCUCCCAACUCCCACAACCUCAGCUCCCCAAUCAACAAUCAAAUUUGUCAAAAGCCACGACCACCUCCUCAACUCUUCUUCCUCUACUUCCGCCUCUCUCUAGAGCCCAAUGUCUUCUCCUUCAAAUGGCUUCCCUUGCAUCUCGGCUAUUUGAGGUCUCACCCAAUAGGUCUCAUUGGCUUAGUGCCUUCCGUGGCUCCCUUCCUACCUUUCUAUCAUCCCAAACCCAAUCCACAACACCAGUUCAACCAGACUCCUUGCCUUCCACCACCAAAGAAAUCCUCUCCCUUUUUACAACCCUUCAAACUCAGCUCUUUGAAGCUGUUGCAGAACUUCAAGAAAUUCUUGAUCUUCAAGAUGCUAAGCAGAAAGUUGCUCGUGAAAUCAGGUCAAAAGAUUCCGCAAUGCUUUCCUUCGCUAACAAACUUAAAGAAGCCGAACGGGUUCUUGACAUUCUCGUCGAUGAUUAUUCUGAUUAUCGCCGCCCCAAAAGAUCAAAAUCAGAAGAUGAUAAGGAUGAUUCUUGUACCACAACUAUUUCUACUCAGCUGAAUUUAUCUGACAUUCUAUCAUAUGCCCACAGGAUAAGCUACACAACAUUUGCACCGCCGGAAUUUGGUGCUGGGCAGGCACCUUUGCGUGGGGCACUCCCACCUGCCCCACAGGAGGAGCAAGUGCGCGCUUCUCAGUUGUAUGCAUUUGCUGAUCUCGAUGUUGGUUUACCUAAAUCAGCAGAAAGCAAGGAGAAAACAAUUGAGCCAUUCAUUGAGGCUCCUCCUGCACAACAGCCAGACUCGAAUCCACUUGCUAAUCUCACUGGUAUUCAGGGUCUGAUUCCUCUAAAUUUUGUGAUUCCAUCUGGAUGGAAGCCUGGGAUGCCUGUGGAAUUGCCUAGUGAUUUACCGAUGAUGCCUCCACUUGGCUGGAAGCCUGGUGACCCAAUUCCGUUGCCACCAUUGGAUAGUCUCCCAAUUGCUGGUAGAAUUGAGGAGCAACAACCACGACCCAUUC